AUGUACACGAAUCUCGGGGCAACAGAAACUUUUCCCGGACCCAAUCCCCUCACCAAAAUUAUUUUGGUAUCUCUCUCUCUCUCUGCUCUCUGCUCUUUUUUCGCCGACGAAUUCGAUCUCCAGAUCCAGGAAAAUGUGUCGGUAAAAACUGUGAAAAUUAGCAACAUAUCCUUGUCUGCAUCUCAAAGGGAUAUUCAAGAAUUUUUGUGCUUCUCUGGAGUCAUUGAUUAUGUUGAAAUGCAAAGAGACUCACAGGGAGUUGAAACUGCAAUGCCUCUCACGGGUGCAACUAUUGUUGAUCUUUCUGUUAAUGUAACACCAGUCGAGAAGUACAAGUUGCCUCCUGAAGCUUACCGACACAAGCUGGAUCGGAUCUGUCACCUACCAAUGCAGCAGUGAAGAAGGCAAAGGAUGUGGUCCGUAGCAUGCUGGCCAAGGGCUUUGCUCUCGGUAAGGACGCACUACAGCGAGCCAAAGCCUUCGACGAGCAGCACCAACUCCUAUCCACUGCCUCAGCAACUGUAGCUUCUCUGGAUAAGAGGGUCGGGCUCGGUCAUUAUGAGUAACCGCUGUGUCAACAGGAGCAUCGUGGAUCUCCAGUGCACUUGGGAAGGUAGUGAAGGCAGCUGAAGAUGUUGGCAUGAAGACUUGGGAGAACGUGGACAAGGCUGAAGAGGAGAGGAAGGAAAUAUUCUGGACCGAGAGACGAGGGAUGGUGAGUGAGUAUGCACAGGUUCACUUCGACGAGCCCUCACUUAGUGAACCUCCAACUAUUCCUAUGUAUACUAUGGACGAACUUAAGUUGAAGCACUAGAAAAUUUCUGUACAUAAUAGAAGUUUCAGUCCUUUUUCGUUCCAUUCUUAGUUUCCUUGAUCAUAUAAUUUAUCUUUUAUGUUUGUAUCAUCUAUAAAACAUCAUCUUGUAUGUACUCA